UGAUGACCAGUAUAGAACACCAGAGGGCGCCAUAACAGUGAAGUUUAUGAAAUGAUUUGCGUUGCUAUCUUCUGCCCGGUUUCUCGGAGAUCUGUGCGGUCUGUGUGAAUGUGGCUGUACUGAGCGGGUGGACACUGGUGGAAGGUACUUGAGGGGGUAGGUUUGGCUCUCUCAGUUUUACUAGCUGGCCCCCCUCAUGUGCGGUUUGCGAUGGGUACGACGGUUUCGUGGCUGCGCGUCGCCGGCCUCUCCCUGUACAACCUGUUAUUCUCACACAUGUUCCGACAUGUAGCAGGACAGCAGCAAAAGAAACAGUGAAUCUUCCAGAGGUGUGCCUCCACUCCCUGCUUCUCCGCUCCCAGUUUGAUGUCAUCUGCUGCCGUCUCUCAUCUCGCUGGUUUCAGACAUGGUCUUGGGACGGUGCUUGUGUGGUGCACGCUAUUCUUCUGCCGAGGAACCUUCUGCAUGCUGUGUGCCAUGAGAACAUACAGGAGUGUGGAUUUAAGACAGACGUGACCUGGAAGCAAUGGAGCCCUCCACUGCCAAUGUGAAGACUCCUGCAGAUCCUUCUGCCGCCCAAGCUGUACAAGCCGCCAUUCAUGCAGCCAAGCAGCAAAAGCGUCGGCCCAAAAGCCUCUGCUCAGUGGGCCAUGGCGUCACAAGCUCCAAAAGAGAAACAAGUUCAAGUUCCCUGGGAGGGUUGCUCGACCUCCUGAGGCAAAGGUCCGGGAAGAGGUGUGAGACCAUGGGAGGUGGACAGGACUAUAAACCCAGUAAUGGCACCAGUACAUCCCGACCUCUGAGUAUGAGUGUCCUGGACAUAAACCGGCUCGGUGGAGGACAAGGCCCAGCGUCUUGCAGGAAAGAGUGUAGCAGCAGCUCAGGCUUUCUGCGUGGAGCAUCUGUGUUUAGUAGUCAGCGGUGGAAUGUGUUUGGGAGCAAAACUCCAGAGACGCAGUCAAAGAAGAACCUCUCAUCUCUACGUAAGAGCUUCAGCUUCCGGCUGCGCCGCGGAGCAGAGUUUAGGAAGAACUGUGAAUAUUGGGACAACAGGUUGAGGAGUCGCAGUGAGGCAGACAGCUUCUCCCUGCAAACGGCAUCAUCACGUAAAGAUCUCCUCAUUUCGGAGGUUCCAGUUGUGGAAAACAAAGAAAACCGGUCCAGCCUGUGGAAGAUAAUCACUGGACCUUUUCGAAAAAAGGACUGUGGCACUGGAAUUGGUUGGGCAGGUGGUAACUGCGUCCAGUUCUCUGAGCCAGUUCUGACGGGCAUCUCAUGCGGUGGGGACUCGUUUGUGAACAGUCAGGAGUGGACCCUGAGUCGCUCUGUGCCGGAGCUUAAAGUGGGCAUUGUGGGUAAUCUCUCCAGUGGGAAAUCGGCAUUGGUUCACCGAUACCUUACAGGAACAUACGUUCAGGAAGAGUCUCCAGAAGGAGGAAGAUUCAAGAAGGAAAUUGUAGUUGAUGGACAGAGUUACCUUCUGCUGAUCAGAGAUGAGGGGGGACCCCCGGAGAUGCAGUUCGCUGCCUGGGUUGACGCCGUUGUGUUCGUGUUCAGUCUUGAAGAUGAGAUCAGUUUCCAGACAGUAUUUAAUUACUAUGCGCGUCUGUCCAGUUACCGCAACACGGCCGACGUUCCCAUGGUCCUGGUCGGGACACAAGACGCCAUCAGUGCGACCAACCCCCGAGUGAUCGAUGACUCCCGGGCUCGAAAGCUGUCCAAUGACCUGAAGCGCUGCACCUACUACGAGACGUGUGCCACGUAUGGCCUGAAUGUGGAGCGUGUCUUCCAGGAUGUGGCUCAGAAGGUGGUCGCUAUUCGGAAGAAGCAGCAGCUUUCCAUCGGUCCAUGCAAGUCUCUGCCCAAUUCUCCGAGCCAUUCUUCUGUUUCUGCGGCCACCAUUCCGUCCAUGCACAUUAAUCAGGCUACAAAUGGUGGAGGAACGUUCAGUGACUAUUCUUCCUCUGUCCCCUCCACGCCCAGUAUAAGCCAACGGGAACUCCGUAUCGAGACCAUCGCAGCUUCCAGUACACCAACCCCAAUCCGAAAGCAAAGCAAGCGUCGCUCCAACAUCUUUACAUCUCGGAGGGGCGCAGAGGUGGACAGAGAGAAGAGGGCCCCGGAAUGUAAAUCUGAGAGUGUUGGCAGUGGAAGAGCCAUUCCUAUCAAACAGGGAGUUCUGCUAAAGAGGAGCGGGAAAUCCUUGAAUAAAGAGUGGAAGAAGAAAUAUGUGACACUGUGUGAUAACGGAGUACUGACCUACCACCCAAGUCUCCAUGAUUACAUGCAGAACAUCCAUGGCAAACAGAUUGAUUUGCUGCGAACAACGGUGAAGGUUCCUGGGAAGAGGCCUCCUCGAGCGUCCAGCGGAGCCCCCGGCGGCCAGCUGCCCGGCCAGACAGGAGCCGCACUCUCCUCCUCGGAGCGCUCUCUCAGCGGCCUCAGCCUCUCAACAUUUAGUGGAAAGAGCGAUGGGGUCAGCCUGGCCCAGAGAUCCUAUUCUGUCUGUAGUGGGGAGCAGUGGGGCGACACGUCAACAGGUGUACCUCCUAAUGACUCACUAAAUCCCUCUACAAAUAUGGGGGGCACAGCAAGCCCCAAAUUAGAUCUUCCACCCUCUCCUCAUGCAAACCGUAAGAAACACCGCAGGAAAAAGAGCAGUGGUCCCCAGCGUCCUGAGGGAGGUCUUCCUGCUGCGGGGGAAGAACCGGAGGAGUCUUUCGGCUUCGUGAUCGUCUCGCUGAGUGGUCAGACUUGGCAUUUCGAGGCAUCUCUCUAUGAGGACCGUGAGCUUUGGGUCCAGGCCAUUGAGAGUCAGAUUUUGGCGAGUCUUCAGAGCUGCGAGAGUACGAAAAAUAAGACACGUCUCGGCAGUCAGAGCGAUGCCCUCGCCAUCCAGUCUAUACGGAGCGUUAGAGGAAACAGCCUGUGUGUAGACUGUGACACAGCGAAUCCAGACUGGGCAAGUCUGAACUUCGGAGCUCUGAUGUGUAUCGAGUGCUCUGGGAUCCAUCGUAACCUUGGGACUCAUUUGUCUCGUGUGCGGUCUCUUGAUUUGGAUGAUUGGCCAGUGGAGCUUACGAUGGUCAUGAUGGCGAUUGGGAACAGUCUGGCCAAUGCCGUGUGGGAGCACUGUACAGAGGGUUAUACCAAGCCGAGCCUCGAGAGCUCCAGGGAAGAGAAGGAACGUUGGAUCCGGGCAAAGUACGAGCAGAAGUUGUUCUUGUCCCCUCUGCCGGCAUCUGAUGUGCCUCUUGGACAGCAGCUGUUACGGGCUGUGGUGGAGGAUGAUUUACGGAUGGUGGUCACACUGCUCGCACAUGGGACCAAGGAGGAGGUGAACGAGACGUACGGCGAUGGAGAUGGGCGAUCGGCUCUUCAUCUGUCUGCGGCCAUGGCCAAUGUUGUGUGCACACAGCUCCUGAUCUGGUAUUCCGUUGAUGUCAAGAGUUGUGACGCACGGGGGUUGUCACCGCUGGCGUACGCCCGUCGGGCAGGCAGUACCGAGUGCGCUGACAUUCUCCUCCAGUAUGGCUGCCCCAAUGACCACUGCAGUCCAACCCCAGCUCUUUGAUUCCCAAGGACUGGAUCUCCAUACUGUAUGACUUGGGCAAG